UGCCAGUGUGACGUAUAAUCUAGUGGACGGGACGCUCCUUCAACAACAACAGCUAGUCAGACACCUCGGUAGCUUUCUAGCAAACAUAGCUACAACAUUCACGCUCUUUACACUGUUUUUGCGUAUAUUAGUCGCCGUGUAUUAAACACACUUCUGUCGUAUGUACUUGAUAAUUAUAUAUUUACGUUGUUUGUCAGCUAGCUGGUUUGCUAAAUUAGUUUAGAACUAGGCUAGUCGCUAAUGCUAGCUAGCUAACAUCCCCGACCAUGAGUUCACUAAGCUACUCUCCUCCUGCUAACGAGGAGGUCUGCUGGACGGAGAAAAAAACUCUCAUGAAAGAGGAGGAGGAGGAAGAGGAGGCUGUUACAAUACAAAAACAAGUAGAGGGUGAGGCUGUUACCGUGAAAGAAGAAGAGAAAUACUUUACAGAGAAAGAAGAGGAAGACUCGUUCAGAGUGAAAGAGGAGGAGGUUGUUACAGUAAAAGAAGAGAAGAAAGAGAAAGACGAGGAUCCAGUUUUUGGAGUGAAAGAGGAGGAGGAGGAAAUGACUGUCACAUUGGAGGAAGAAGAGGAGGUUGGAGAUCUGUUUAACACCAGAGAGAGAUGUGACUACCGUGGAUCCUCUGGGGAGCCUCAACAACAUCAUGAUGCUGACGAAGCAGAGAGUCUCUCCAGAUCAGGACUCCUCAAGAAACACCAGCAGAGACCCACAGGGAAGAUAUCUAACUGCUGCUCUGUUUGUGGGAUAUAUUUCUCAAUAUCAAAUUCACUAAAAGAACACCUGAGAAUUCACACUCGAGGGAAAUCUCACUGCUGCUCUGACUGUGGGAAGAUAUUCAACUCUUCAUCAGACCUUAAAAUACAUCGAAUAAUUCACACUGGAGAGAAAUCUUUAGACUGUCAUCACUGUGGAAAGAGUUUUACUACAUCUGGCAAUCUAACUAUACACCAGAGAAUACACACAGGAGAGAAACCUUUUAGCUGUAAUCAAUGUGGGAAGAGUUUUACUCAGCUAAACAGCCUGACAGUUCACCAGCGGACACACACAGGAGCGAAACCUUAUAUCUGUGAUCAAUGUGGGAAGAGUUUUACUCAGCUAAGCAGCCUGAUAGUACACCAGCGGACACACACAGGAGCGAAAUCUUAUAGCUGUGAUCAAUGUGGGAAGAGUUUUACUCAGCUAAGCAGCCUGAUAGUACACCAGAGAACACACACAGGAGAGAAACCUUAUAGCUGUGAUCAAUGUGGGAAGAGUUUUGGUGCAUCUGGAUGUCUGACGAAACACCAGAGAAUACACACAGGAGAGAAACCUUAUAGAUGUGGUCAAUGUGGGAAGAGCUUUUUUACAUCUAGCCAUCUAAAGAUACACCAGAGAACACACACAGGAGAGAAAUCUUAUAGCUGUACUCAAUGUGGGAAGAGUUUCUCUACAUCUAGCUAUCUAACGAUACACCAGAGAACACACACAGGAGAGAAAUCUCAUAGCUGUGAUCAUUGUGGGAAGAGAUACUCAUAUAAAAAAUCUCUGAUUAAACAUCAGAAAAUACAUGGAGUUGUUUCAUGAUAUCAAUGAAAUAAUGUCCAUAUAAUGCUACAAAAUAUAUAUUUUUUUACAUUGUAGAAGGAGUAUUUUAAUAAAUGUCAGUAUGUAGAACCCUAAACGUUUGCCCCCCUGUUCAAUUUAUUUUAGCCUCAGGGGAAAAAUCCAGGCUCUGAAUUGAAAGAGUACUAUUUAUGUGAUUUAACAAAAGUGACUAACCAAAAAAAGAGUUGUGUUACACUUACACGUUGGUGACCACUUGAAUCAAAAUGCAACACCUCAAAAUGUAGCUAGCUGUUUUCUACAAGUUGUCCUCUAACCAGUGAUGUACACAUUAUUCCCAUAUUCCGUGUGGUUUUUGAGCUGUUAGUUUUAUCAGAACGUGAAACCUCAUCUCCGUCCUAUCGCACAACAUGAUAUUGAUGAGUUGUGACAAAUAAGUGUUGUGUUCCUUUGUUUAGCGACCCCUACAUUUAAAUGCAUCACUGCAAGAUGUAGCUGACUGUCUUCUGCAGGUUGUCCUCUAACCAGUGAGGUAAAAAUAUAUCUCCCAUUUCCAUGUGUUUUUUAGAUGUUAGUUUCAACAGCAGUACAACCUGAUUUCCCCCCUAAUCGAUAUCAGUGAUUUAUUGCUACUUGUCAAAACAACAGCGUUUUUGGUGCUUGUGCAUUUUAAAAGGUGCUUGUUUUAAAAAAUACAAGUAAUAUGAUUAUUGUGGCAGAUGUUUGUGUAUAUAGUACAUUUUAUGUGUAGGAUUUCAAUUUAUCCCAUUGAUUUAGACACGUUUAAACACUGACAUUGGGGCUAUCCCACCUAGCAAAAUGUCGUUGAAAAUAAGACUUUGCCUGUAGUACAAUAUAAGUUUGGUUUUAGUUGAAAGUGAAAGUUGAAAAGAAAACAAUUUAAUUAACAUUUAUUGACUCAAAUCACCUACUCAUAUUUCAAACAUUCAUCUUGACAAAAGAUACAUGUUUUAUUAUUCCAUGCCUCAUUAUUAAGUGAAUUAUUGACAAUACAUAUUAACAAAGGGGAGGAUAUUUGAUUUUGAUAUUUCAUAUUUACAAUUCAUGGAACAUUUAGUAAUCAUAAUUAUUUUAAAAAAAUAUAGAAAAUAUUUGUUGUCUUAAGGGGGAAGGUGUUACAGGCUUUUUAGUUUUUCCAUUUAUGUUUUGAGGUUGGACUUUAGCACGUAUAGCUCGUUAGCACGUAUAGCUCGUUAGCACGUAUAGCUCGUUAGCAUGUAUAGCUCGUUAGCAUGUAUAGCUCGUUAGCACGUAGGGCGCACUGAUUAGUGUCUCCUCGUUAGUCAGUAUGUGUUACACCUGUGCUGGCUUGUCCAUCUCGUUAGUGGGAAGGUGUUUCACCUGAGCUGGUCCAGGUUCUAUUUAAGAGUGUCUGGCCCAGUACUCCAGUUGUCUUGAUAGAUGUGGACAGUCAACACCUUUAGUUGCGCUACCUUUUUGGUUUGCUUUCUGUCUUUAAGUUUGUUGUGAGUUUUUCUUUUGUUUACCUCUUCUUGGGCAGAUUUAGUGGGUCUCAGGGUGGGUGUCUUUUAGGUCCCAGUUGUUACUAGUCAAUUUUCAGUGGACACCCUCAUAGUCUUCCAGAGCCCUCCUAAGACACAAGCUAAUAUUUUGGGUUGGAUAUUGCAUCCAAUUAAUAUUUUAAUCUAUGGAAUUUCCUUAGGAUGCUUAUUAGUUUUUUAGUUGUUAAUCUUCUGUUUUUUUAUCCUUUUAUGUUUGUUGUGUACAAAAUAUUUCUGUUUUUUUCAUUGGUUUUUAUUUGUUGUUCCUGUGAAGCCAUUGUGUUGCAUCCAUGUCUGAAAUAUGCUGUAUAAAUAAAG